AAAUGAAGAACACGCGCGGUGGGGAGGGAUGGGACGUGGUGCGACCACCGACCGGUUGCUUUGCAAUUUGCAAAUCCAAUUGCAAAGCAUCGAUGAAUUUCAUCUUUUCUCUGUAACCAUAAUUCAAUGGCACCUCUGUACCUUUCCUUCUUUCCUAAAAUUGGUGGUACAAGAGAGUCGCUGAGGACAUUAUUAGCUGAAACUAUUCGAUCAAUUAGGGUCCACAAAGAAACCUUUUGGAGGCCGAGAAUGAUAUCUUUUCGGGGAUCUCUCAGUUUUGUGCGUACUUAUCGCAUCACACCUACUGGAGCCGCGAUGGAGAGUAAAGAACUACCUUCGAAUUACUUGAAAGACAAAAUGAUGGUUCCCAAUGCAAAUCCGCCUGGAGACGAAGAUGUCAAUCUUCUAUCUCAGUUCUUCGAGAGAAGUUCAAAGCUUGUUGUAUUGACUGGAGCUGGGAUAAGUACAGAAAGUGGGAUUCCUGAUUACAGAAGUCCAAACGGAGCUUAUAGUACUGGUUUCCGGCCAAUCACUCACCAGGAAUUUAUGCGGUCCAGUCGUGCCAGAAGACGGUAUUGGGCUAGGAGUUAUGCUGGAUGGAGAAAAUUUACAACUGCUCAACCAGGGCCUGCACAUAUUGCAUUAGCUUCUCUCGAGAAAGCCGGGCGUGUAAAAUUUAUGAUGACUCAGAAUGUAGACCGGUUGCACCAUCGAGCUGGAAGCAAUCCUUUAGAGUUGCAUGGGACUGUAUAUGUUGUUGCUUGUACGAAUUGUGGUUUUUCUAUUUCUCGGAGCUCAUUUCAGGAUCAAGUGAAGGCUCUAAACCCAAAGUGGGCAGAAGCAAUUGAAAGUUUAGAAUAUGACAGCCGUUCGGACAAGAGCUUUGGAAUGAAACAAAGACCUGAUGGUGAUAUUGAGAUUGAUGAAAAGUUUUGGGAGGAGGAAUUCCAUAUACCAAAUUGUGAGAAAUGUGAUGGUAUACUGAAACCUGAUGUUGUCUUUUUCGGUGAUAACGUCCCAAAGGGUAGAUCAGAUAGAGCAUUAGCAGCUGCAAAAGAAUGUGAUGCUUUCCUUGUACUUGGUUCUUCAUUGAUGACCAUGUCUGCUUUCCGACUCAUAAGAGCUGCUCACGAAGCUGGUGCUGCCACAGCUAUUGUGAAUAUUGGCGUGACCAGAGCUGACGAUUUCGUUCCUUUGAAAAUUAAUUCCAGACUCGGAGAGAUAUUACCAAGAUUGCUCUCAGUUGGAUCCCUUGGCGUUCCUGUUGUCUAGAGCACGCGGCAAAACCAAGUAAGAUCGACUUGCUGCGCCGACGCUCCUUGUAUUUGAAAUCUAAAUAUAAUUCAUGCUUUUUAAAAAAUUGAAAAGUGUAACUCAUUGUGUCAAUUGGAUAAUGACUAGAGAUUUUUUUAAGGUGAAUUAUUGUACGAUGCAUCUCAACAAAAUCCCUUGGAACGAAGUGUUGAUUUUUAGGCUGGCCCAGAACCUUCUGUUUCCCUAUUGAUUGCUCCAAACACGAAUUUUAACUAUAUCCAAGACACAAUAGUUUAUGUGAUCAAGUUGAUGAUCGAGCGACGUCAUCAUGGUUGUACAAAUAAUGUACAAUAGGUAGCAAAAACUGUACAACACGAGUGAUGUGAAGUGGGAAUAUAUAUAAAGUCAAUAAUUGAGAUGAUACUAUAUACUACUUGCCGUACCGACAAAAUUACCUGCACAAAAUAGCAGUUGGGAGAAAUCUAUAUAAUAUAGGAUCAAUAAUUGUAGCACAAAACCUUUUUUUGGUUAAUUUUCAUGACUUUAUUUGAGGCAAAAUACACACGUUCAAUUAAAUUGUGAUUUUACUAUUGCAACAAUUUCUAAAAGUAGUUAAGAAGCAAAAUUUUACAAAAAUUGGUGAAUAUUGAAGCAAUUAGCCAUUUUUAAAAAUCCUCUCAACCAAGAAGCAAGACUAAACUUGGAAGUGGGAAAUAAUAAUAUUAUGUAGGAAGAAGUAGUUAUCAUGUACACAACCACGCAACUAAUAUCGUGGGUCGACAUCCAACCAAGAAUAAGAAAGCAUGAAGACAACAUACGCAUCAUAUAUAUAAAUAAAAUCAAGCAAGAUAAUUAAAUGGUGGCAUAAUAUAUGGGAGUGAAAGGCAGCAGCCUGAGAAGGCCGGCAGUGAUAUUUGGCAGCAGGAGGCGUCGAGGGUACAUUCCGGUGGCGGUGGGAGUGGACGAGGAGACGAAGAGGUUCAUGGUACACACAAGAGCUUUGUCAAAUGCGGAAUUCUUGCAGUUUCUCCGCAGUUCGGCUGAGGAAUAUGGAUUCUGCAACCAAGGUAUUCUGAGGAUUCAGUAUGAUGCCAAAGCCUUUGAAGAAUGGCUCCCAACAACUGCCAAACAUAGGGAUUUUAGGAUUCAGCCCACCAUCACCUAGCUAAUGGACUCCUACUAUAUAGUACUAUUAUCUUGUAUAUAUAUUGUUCUUGAUUGUUUAUUGAAAAUUGUAAGAGAAUGCAAGAAUCUCAUUUCUGGAUC